CUGUCAUAGAUUUGUGAGACAGAAAGCUGAAACCAGCGUUAUAACUCAUGGAAACGGCCUUUACUUUAUACACCACCGGUUGUUGAACACGGAACCCGUCGAGUAACAGCAUUCAGUUGAUCAGGCUGAACCUCCACCUUUAGGCUGUCUGAUGGUGUAUGGACUUACUCAGGAUGAACUGCGAACUUUUGGCAACAUGCAGUGCUCUUGGCUAUCUGGAGGGAGACACUUAUCACAAGGAAGCCGACUGCUUGGAGAGUGUGAAAGACUUGAUCAGGUACCUGCGUCAUGAGGAUGACACCCGUGACGUCCGUCAGCAGCUGGGUGCUGGCCGGAUUGUACAGAACGACCUUUUACCUAUCAUCAUCCAGCAUGGGCAAGACAAGGCCUUAUUUGAUGCCUGCAUCAGGCUCAUGGUCAACCUUACUCAGCCUGCCAUGCUUUGUUUUGGCAAAGUCCCUGAUGACCCAGUGUUUAGACAUCACUUUUUGCAAGUGAUGUCUAAUUUACAAGCCUGUAAAGAGGCGUUUGCCAGCGAAGCAGUGUUUGGCAUUUUGAGUGAGACAUUAUACACGCUUCUACAACUGGACUGGGAGCAGAGACAGGAGGAGGAUAACCUGCUGAUAGAGAGGAUCCUGCUGCUGGUCAGAAAUGUGCUUCAUGUGCCUGCCGACCCCUGUGAAGAGAAGAAAGUGGAUGAUGAUGCCAGCGUCCAUGAUAGGCUGCUCUGGGCCAUUCACAUGAGCGGUUUUGAUGACCUGAUCAAGUUCUUGGCGUCAGCCCAGAGUGAGCAGCAGUGGAGUAUGCACGUGUUGGAAAUUAUCUCCCUCAUGUUCAGAGACCAGACGCCGGAAGCUUUGGUGAGCGCCGGUCAGGCUCGUUCAGCAGAAGAGAAGCACAGAGACUCUCAGGAGCUGGAGGCACUGAGGCAGAAGGAGCAGGCAGCAAAACGCAGUCGUACAUUCCAGAGAGGAACCAGACACUCUCGCUUCGGAGGGUCCUAUGUUGUUCAAGGCCUCAAGGCGAUUGGAGACAAAGAUGUGAUUUAUCACAGAAAUAUUCAUAAUUUCAAAAACUAUACCCAUGACAUGGGCAAAGCAGUGAGACGUGUUCCUAAGAGGAAUCGACAGGCUCGGGAAUGUAAGGACAAACGCCGAUCAGCCUUAAAUGUUCGACUGUUCCUGCGAGAGUUUUGUGUGGACUUCCUGGAGAAUUGCUACAAUCGCCUCAUGUACCUUGUUAAGGAAAGUCUAAUUCGAGAGCAAACUCAGGAACACGACGAGACGUACUACCUCUGGGCGCUCAGCUUUUUCAUGGCCUUCAACCGUGGCAACGGUUUCCGUGCUGACUUAGUUUCUGAGACCAUGUCCAUCCGUGCUUUCCAUUAUAUUGAGCGCAACAUCACCAACUACUAUGAGAUGAUGCUCACGGACCGCAAAGAGGCCACGUCCUGGUCACGCAGGAUGCACCUGGCACUAAAGGCAUAUCAGGAGCUGCUGAUGACUGUGAAUGAAAUGGACCGCUCACAGGAUGAAAGCAUCCGUCAGAGUUCCAGCGUUAUUAAAAGCAACAUAUUUUACCUGAUGGAGUACAGGGAGAUUUUCCUGACCCUGCUGAGGAAGUAUGAUGAAACCAAACAGCCUCAGUCCUACCUCAAAGAUUUGGUGGAGUCAACUCAUCUCUUCUUGCGCAUGUUGGAACGCUUCUGCAAGGGUCGCAAAAACUUGAUGGUUCAGAAGAAGAAGGUGAGACAGAAAAAGUCUCGAGGUGAGAAGAAGCCUCCAGCUGCAGAAACUAGUCCAGAGGCUCUGGAGGAGACCUGGAAGAUUGUGGCAGAAGAGUUGAAGACUUCAGGGUUUCAGUUGUCAGAGUCUUUAAGUGAGAGCAUAGUGCCAUUUGAUGCCACAUCUGAAACUCCUCUUGAGGAGCAGCGCACUGAGGCCAUGGUGCGGGUGCAGGACGCCCUGCUGGCUCGCCUCGGACCAGAAGCGCUGGGAAUGCUGCGUGCAGCCAGGGAGGUGUGGCCAGAGGGAGAUGUGUUUGGUUCAGCUGAUGUGGAACCUGAAGAAGAACUGGAGCUCCUUAAGCAGAUCCUGCAUGCCAGCCUGCCAAGGUCAACUCCUGUGGAACCUGUGGCAGAGGAGGAGGACGAUGCAGCGGAGAUAGAAGAGGAAGAGUUUGAGUCUGUCCACAUUUCUGAAAAAGAGUUCAACUUUCUAGACUUUGUCAAGAGGUUUUGCAGCCCCAAUAUUGUGCGUCCCUACCUCCUCUUACUAAAAUCAUACUCAAAAAACACCCCUCACACAAACCACUGCAUCGCUCGGAUGCUGCACCGCUUAGCUGUCGACCUCAAAAUGGACGCCCAGCUUUUUCAGCUGUCUGUCUUCAACCUUUUCAACAAGAUCUUGAGUGACCCUGCUGCAGCUGCUUACAAGGAACUGGUGACCUUUGCCAAGUUUGUGCUGCACCGUUUCUUUUCAGUGGCAGCAAAAAACAACAAGGCAUAUGUUGAGCUGCUGUUUUGGAAAAAUGUGGGAGCUGUACGUGAGAUGACUGAAGGCUACAGCAAAGACGGAGAGGGAAAGAAACCAACAUGGACUGAAGAGGAGGAAGAGGAGCUGCGCAAACUCUUUGAGGAACAUCGCCAUUCUGAAGUGCCCGAUAUAGUGGAGACCCUGCUGCCAUUACUAAGCAACAGCAACUGCACUCGGCGCCAGGUAGUGACGCAGCUGGUGCACAUGGGUCUGGUGGCCAAUGCUAAAGAACUGAAGAAACAAAAGAAAGGUACCCGGAUUGUCCUUUGGACUGAGGAGCAGGAAGAGGAGCUGCAGAUGCUCUACGAGGAGUACAGAGACUCUGAUGAUGUGCUGGGUAAUAUUCUGAAGAAGAUCACAGCCAAGCGGUCCCGUGCGCGUGUGGUGGACAAGCUGCUCAGUAUGGGCUUGGUGUCUGAGAGACGAGAACUUUAUAAGAGGAGGAGUCGCAGCACUAAGGGGAAGAGCUCUGGAAAAGGAAUGACUGAAGAAGAUUUCUUAGAUGGACUAACACAAGGGUUCCCAGAUGAUCCUGAUGACAGAGAUGAUGAAGAUGAGGGAGAAGAUGAGUCUGAGGAGAAUGAGGAAGAGGAAGAUGAAGAGCAAGAAAGAGAAAAAUCACAGAAUGGAGGAAGGAGGAGCCAGAACUCCACAGUGGAGAUGAGACCUGAUUUAGGCAGCAUUGUGUUUGCUUUACAGCAGGAAGGCAUGUCUGGACCCUUGUUGUGGCUACAGACUCGUCUCAACAGAACAGCAGAAGACCGUGAAGAAGAUGGCAUGUCCCAGGCUGUGCCACUUGUUCCUCUGACAGAGGAAUGUGAAGAAGCCAUGGACAACAAGAGCUUUAAGAGGCUGUUGCGCAAACUGGGUAUUCGAGCACCUGCAAAUGAACAGGAGAGUUUUUGGAGAAUCCCAGCAAAGAUCAGUGCAUCUGAGCUCCGGAGUGCAGCUGCAGCUCUUAGUCCAAGAGAGGAGGAACCUAAACGAGGCGAGGAGCAAGGUGGCUCCAGAAGUCCAGCCAGAGAACCCCAUGAGGAAGAGAGGGAGCAGGAGGAGGAGAGGGAGCAGGAGGAGGAGAGGGAGGAGGCCUCAGAUGAAAAGAGAGCUCAGGCUCUAAGAGCGCUUCUGCUCUCACGCAAAAAGAAACAACACAGCUCAGAGCAUACAGCUCCUGCAUCAGAAUUCACUGAGGAUACAGACAGCACACUUGAGAGGUCUCAGGAGAAGGCGUCAGCCAAAAGAAGCAGAGUGUUGGAUGAUGAUGAUGAGGAUGAUGAGGAUGAGUCCACCACUGCAAUGGAUGUGGAAACCAAAGGCGAUGCUGAUUCAGACAGGGAGGAUGUCUCUGCUCCUGUGAAGCGUAGACGGAAGAUGGUCUUAAUUGAUGAAGAGGACGAUGAGGAUUAGUCACUUUCUUUAAUGGACCGUAAAAACUGCAAACGGGGGAGACAUAAAAGGCUCUCACUUUGUUCAGAGGUGAAUACAGCCCUCUGGAGGUCUGCACUCCAGACUGCGGAAAGUCUUUUAAUGGAAUACCAAACAACCCAAAGAAACAGGCCCUUAGACCAGCCCCUGUGGACACAUAGAUCCUAUUUAGCAGAUGCGUUUUGUCAUCUCUUUGUUAGGCUUGAUUGGUGCCUUUCUGUAGUCAUGGCAUAUGCAUUUUGUGAAACUUCUGUUUUGUUCUUUUAGCAUUUUCAGCAUGGACUUCAUACAGACUGUUUUAGAGUGUUUUGCAUCACAGGAUUUCGUUUAGAACCCAAUAAUGUCAUCUUUGACCUGAAAGCUGUUGUCUCAUUGGUUUGAUAAAAUUUCAUCUUGAUUUUGUACUUUUAGGUCAUUUCCAAUGUGGGCUCUAAAUUUCAGAGUAAAAUUCAUUCCUACUUAUUAA